GCUGGUUGCUUGCUGUUCCCAGCAUGGCUCUCCGCUGCUGGUGGCACUGGCCGGCGUGGCUUCGGACCCGAUCGCCUCUCUCCGGGAGCCACCUGAGCUUUCGCCAUCAGUUCUCCACACAAGAGCAGACGCCUCAGAUCUGUGUGGUGGGCAGUGGCCCGGCUGGCUUCUACACAGCCCAACAUCUGCUAAAGCACCACAGCAGGGCACAUGUGGACAUCUACGAGAAGCAGCUGGUGCCCUUUGGGCUGGUGCGUUUUGGCGUGGCACCAGACCACCCCGAGGUGAAGAAUGUCAUCCACACCUUUACCCAGACGGCCCAUUCUGACCGCUGUGCCUUCCGGGGUAACGUGGUGGUGGGCAGGGAUGUGACUGUACCGGAGCUGCGGGAGGCCUACCAUGCUGUGGUUCUGAGCUACGGGGCAGAGGACCACCAGGCCCUGGGGAUUCCUGGGGAGGAGCUGCCUGGUGUGAUCCCAGCACGGGCCUUUGUGGGCUGGUACAAUGGGCUUCCUGAGAACCGGGAGCUGGUGCCCGACCUGAGCUGUGACAUAGCUGUGAUUCUGGGCCAGGGGAAUGUGGCUCUGGACGUGGCUCGGAUCCUGCUGACCCCACCUGAGCACCUGGAGAAAACAGAUAUCACAGCAGCCUCCCUGAGGGUAUUGAGGCAGAGCCGGGUGAAGAUGGUGUGGAUAGUGGGCCGACGUGGGCCUCUGCAGGUGGCCUUUACCAUUAAGGAGCUGCGGGAGAUGAUUCAGUUACCAGGCACCAGGCCCAUUUUGAACCCGGUGGAUUUCUUGGACCUCCAGGAUAGAAUCAAGGAGGCCCCCCGUCCGAGGAAACGGCUGACAGAACUGCUGCUCCGGACAGCCACAGAAAAGCCAGGCCCGGAAGAGGGUGCCCGCCAGGCAUCAACCUCCCGAGCCUGGGGCCUCCGCUUUUUUCGAAGCCCCCAGCAGAUACUGCCCUCACCAGAUGGGCAGCGGACGGCAGGAAUUCGUUUGGCAGUCACCAAACUAGAAGGUGUCGGCGAGGCCGCCCGGGCAGUGCCUGUAGGAGAUGUGGAAGACCUCCCAUGUGGGCUGGUGCUGAGCAGCAUGGGGUAUAAAAGCCGCCCCAUAGACCCCAGCGUGCCCUUCGACCCCAAACUCGGGGUCAUCCCCAAUAUGGAGGGCCGAGUUGUGGAUGUGCCAGGCCUCUACUGCAGUGGCUGGGUAAAGCGGGGUCCCACAGGUGUCAUCGGCACAACCAUGAAUGACAGCUUCCUCACUGGCCAUGCACUGCUUCAGGACCUCCACGAUGGCCUGCUGCCCUCAGGCCCCAGGCCUGGCUACACAGCCAUCCAGGCUCUGCUCAGCAGCCGAGGGGUCCAGCCUGUCUCUUUCUCGGACUGGGAGAAGCUGGAUGCUGAAGAGGUGGCCCGGGGCCAGGGCGCUGGAAAGCCCCGCGAGAAGCUGGUGGACCCUCAGGAGAUGUUACAGCUAUUAGGGCGCUGA